CGCGUCUAACAGAUCUGGUGAGGGUGUUUUUACUGCAUUCAUCCCGGCGCAGGUUCGUGCGUCAUGCGGUUAUAGAAGGGGAAUGAGUGACUGCUGAGAAUCAAUCAGUAACUGGCCACCUGUGGGUCAUGUGCCCGCGAUGCAGCGCAGAUUUAUUGGUAUUCUUAAAGCGUCUUACACGAGCGAGCGCAUAAAGUGAGAAAGGCAAAACGCGAGCUUUGUGAUGGACGCCAUGCGCGCUUAUGCACGCGCAGCGAACGUGUAACUGGUGGCGAGGCUGACGAUUCUCCAGUUCCGUUGUAAACAUCAAAAAGCGUGGUUUCUUUGGCUCUUAAAUCACUGAAAAUAAUCGCAAAAGGAAGCGUCUUCCUCGCUCUUUCUCUAUGACGCGGAUUCGGAUGGCAACAGAUUGAGGUGCGUUGGACAUCAGACUGCGUGGAUGCUGAAGAAGAAGAAGAGGAUGCUGCUGCUUUAUUAGAUUGUUUAUCGUCGUGACAGUGUAGCAAAGAGAAUGCGUUGUUGAUAAUCAUGUGAUGAUUGGAGGGAUGCUAACUUCAGGUUACUUUUCCUUGGAAAUUGGCGUCACUCAUCUGGAAUAACUCUUCAGGAAGAUAUGAUUCACCUAUUCACUUUUAUGAGCCUUGUUCUAUCUCUGUUUGGAUGCCACAUCUGCUUCGCAGGGGCGAACCGCCCUGCUGCUCCUGUCAAUGUCUCUGUUACACACCUGCGGGCAGAUUCGGCCACCGUGUCCUGGAAUAUUCUGGAUGGAGAGACCGUAAUUGGCUUUGCCAUCUCACAGCAGCGUCAGGACGGGUUGAUGCAGCGUUUCAUUCGUGAGGUGAACACUACCAGUCAUGCUUGUAUACUUUGGGAUCUGGAUGAAGACACAGACUAUAUUAUCCAGGUCCAAUCCGUCGGACUCUAUGGAGAAAGUCUGGCCAGCAAAAAGAUUCACUUCAGGACGCUUAAAAAGUCGGAACAUUUUCAAUCGACCAUGAUGGAUCAAGAUGACCCUGCGGUUGAGGGUUUAGACAUUUCCAGACACCUUCAGACUGGAGAGAUACUGAUCAUAAUGACUGUACUACUAAUGUGGGCAGCUGUGAUUGUGCUCUUCUGUAAGCAGUAUGAUAUCAUCAAAGACAACGAUUCCAACAACCACAGUAAAGAGAAAAGCAAGCCGCUGUCUGGCCAAAGUACCCCAGAGUACCAUAACGGAGGCCUGCUGGGCAGCAAGUUCCAAAGGACAUCGUCCUCCCUUAGCAUCAUCAAGGUUUAACCAAGGCAUCAUCAGGAACCCUGGUCUGUCAUCAGACCCGUCAGCUCAUCUUCUGAUAUUCAAGACGAGCAUUAAAGGCAAUAUUAAUGUAAACUUCUCAGCUCCCUCAGCAAAUCGGGAAUUGUAAGGUAGUGUACGGGUAUUUAGUAGUAUACUCCAAUAAAGAACAAUAUCCUGGACAAUGAGCAUACCUCUUUACCUAUUACAUAAACUAUAAUCACAGGAGGAGCUAUUGGUGCUAUGAAUAUGAUUGUGGAGUUCAAACACUGGCAGCCAGCGGUUUAGAGGUGUGUAUAUGGAUUUGUUGCGUGAAUGUGUUUCAUUGAAAGAGGAUGAACAAUAAUAAUACAAAAAUGUGGCAUUUCUUAUUAAUACAUGUAAAUUAUUACAAUAAAUUCAUCGUCAGCCACAAAAGUGGCCUUAUGUUAUGCAUUAAUAAUUUCUAACCACAAUGAACUGUAUAUCAAUGGCUUGUUUUGUGCUUUAAUGAAGUAUUAGCACUGUGUUAUUAAAUGUUUCAGACCCUUAGAGUUGAUUGUUCAACAGAGGGGUUUACAUAAGGAACCAGUCCACCUGUGUUCAUAGAAAUGGUUUGGUGUAUGGCAUUUCUAUGCCAAACUAGUAACAUUUCUAUUAGUAGAAGCAUAUGUCUACCCUCAUAUUGUAAUGUAUAAAAAAAAAAAAUGUCUUCUUUGUUCACUAAGUGAGAAGUUUUGACGAAGUUAUAGCUAUACAUCGCUGUAUUUUUGGGCAAUAGAUAAAGAAUGUAGUUUAAAUACUGUAUUUCACUGCAAAGGUUAGAAAAGAAGUUUAUUAAUAUUCUUAUUCUCAAUCCUACUUUCCAAUAAACGGAAAAUGGAAAAACCA